UCCUUGGCCGCCUUUGCGCUGCGCUCAACGGCAGCAAGAUGGCGGCGCAGCAGCCGGUCCGUGAGGGUGGUGCGCAGCUGCCGGGGCCAGCGGCUGCAGAGGCCGACCCGCUGGGCCGCUUCACGUGUCCUGUGUGCUUAGAGGUGUACGAGAAGCCGGUGCAGGUGCCCUGCGGACACGUCUUUUGCUCUGCAUGCCUGCAGGAAUGUCUGAAGCCGAAGAAGCCUGUCUGUGGGGUGUGUCGCAGCACUCUGGCCCCUGGCGUCCGAGCCGCGGAGCUCGAGCGGCAGAUUGAGAGCACAGAGACCUCUUGCCAUGGCUGCCGUAAAAAUUUCUUCCUAUCCAAGAUCCGAGCCCAUGUGGCUACCUGUUCCAAAUACCAGAAUUACAUCAUGGAGGGUGUGAAGGCCACCACCAAGGAUGCAUCCCUUCAACCAAGGAGUGUUCCAAACCGUUACACCUUCCCUUGCCCUUACUGUCCUGAGAAGAACUUCGAUCAAGAAGGACUUGUGGAACACUGCAAGUUAACCCAUAGCACGGAUACCAAAUCUGUGGUUUGUCCGAUAUGUGCCUCGAUGCCGUGGGGAGACCCCAACUACCGCAGCGCCAACUUCAUAGAGCAUAUCCAGCGCCGGCACCAGUUCUCUUACGACACUUUUGUGGAUUACGAUGUUGAUGAAGAGGACGUGAUGAAUCAGGUGUUGCAGCGCUCCAUCAUCGAUCAGUGAGCAGAGUCUCUGCUGUCUGUCUCACGUUCCAGAGCUUCCAUUACAUGUUAACCGUGAAACAUGAGACUCACAUACCUUUAAUGUACAACAGACCUGGAAGUGAGCUGUGGUAUUAGUACAGGGUCCCUUCUGACAGGGAAGCCAGGCCCCAGGUCAGAGCCCCCCUUUCCUUUGGGCUCUUCCCCUACUGUUACCUGUUUGUUACAUGUCUGCUCUUUUACUGCUCCUCAGUUACUUCCUGGAGCUUCUGCUUCCACUUCUGGAAGAGAACGCAGCUUCUCCACCUGUCCUUGUUUCACACUUGUUCCUCCAGUGUUCAUCUCUCAGGUCCUCUGAGCCAGCCAGGACCUUUUCUGGGUCAUGAAUAGCACAAGUGAGACAAGUGUCUCCUCUCCUGGGCCCUGAGGGGUGUGAGCUCUGGCAGCAGUACAUCUGAUCAGUGACGGAGCUGCUCCUGUGCUUGGAAGUUACGUUAGUCAGGCCCUGGCAGCAGCUGCCAGGAGCUGGAGUGACCUCCUAGGAACAUUUCAAAAGUCCUGUUGGGGUGAGUGUUCUGGGUUUAGCAUGGUCUGAUGCGGGAAGUUUUGAUUAGUGAUACUUUCCUACACUCCUGCACACCCUUAGAAUUAACUGGUUCAGUCUUAAAUGCCUGCAUGGUGCCUUUUAGGAUAAGGUGUAACCAUAUAUUUUUAGUGAAAAUAAGUGUUUCUAGGUUAGGAAAGUUAAACCCCAUUUAUCCGUAAGUGGGCAGGAGGGUCAGCUAAGAGAGGUGGGAGGGCCAUAGCUUUUGGUUCAGUUUUCAGACUAAUGAGGUAUUUCAAAUGACUGGGUCAUGUUUCUCUCUAGGAGCUUGCUUACUUUACUCUUGUCUUUGAAGCAUGAAAAGGAGCACUCAGAUGAAUGAGAGGGAAGAGAUUUGGGGUCCCAGUAGAUACUAGUUCUUUCAUCUUUUAUUUGGUAACUUAAACUGAGCAUUGCUUUGUUAUCACAGAUGAUUUCUUAUGAAACUGGUUUCAACAAGUACAUCAGGGUGUGAAAACCUGCCUUCUAAAAGCAGAGAGAGUUUAUAGGAAAUCUUGUAUCACAGCUUCCUGUCUCCUGACAACGUGCAAUUCAAAAAGUUACCACACAUCCUCUGAGCCGUCAUUAAUAGAAACUGCUGGAAACUUGCUUUGGUAGUAGCUCAAGAAGCUUGACAUGCAGCAUGUUUCAUGAAUAUUAGUAAAUUUCAAGGCUAAGAGCCGUCAGUCUAAUCUGUAGGAACAACUUCUGAUUGACCAAAAGACAUCUGGCUUUAGGUUCAUUUUUUCAUGUCAGACAUCUGGACUGAAUACGGGAAUUUCUUCCGGUCGGUGGCUGAGGUUGCAAGUAACAGGGCUGUGGGUCUCUUCCUACCUUCCGGUAAGAGCUGCAGACACCUGGUAACCAACAAAGGUGGGGACCUUUUGGGACAAAAUAAUUUUUUCUGGUGUGCUGCUGCUUGGGAGAGCCCAAAUGUUAAGGUCUGCUGCUUCACUGUAAAUCCUGGGAAAAGUUCACUCAGACCUCCCGAGGUUGAGGUCAUCUUGGUGUAAGUUGGGAGGGAAAUUCAACAAAACCUUCAUUUGAGGGAACUAAUGAGAGCAAGUCCAUCUCAUUGGUGGUACCAAGAAACUGAUUUCUUUGUAUUAAGUGCACUUCAUGUAUUUCUAAUAAGAUGACUUUCCAGAAAGUGAAAUUUGUUAUGUUCUGGCUUUUAAAAGGUGAAAUAUUAAUAAAUUUCAUAAUUUAUCCAA